AAUUCAGUGCAACGAGCAAGCUGAAAGUUUAUUUUGUGAAAAUAGAAACGGAAUUUAUAGAACUUUAAUCGCGGUAUUCUGAAUUUCAAGGCACAAAGGAGUGCUGGUGAAUAAUAAUAAUAUAAUUUAAUCACUGGUUUUUAUUCUAAGCCCCACUUAAAAUAUGGGUUCCACAUUUGAAAAAUAUUUGGAAUACAUGGCUGAUGAUUUGUACGGCACAUCGAACGAUGGAGACUUCAAAGUUGUGCGGGACUUUAUACUACGUAGCAUAGUAGGGGCUAAUGAUUUGUUGACCUCCACAUUUGAGGUUGAAAGCUUAGAUUUUGGCAGCAGAGCUCUGCAAAUCGAAAAUUCUGACAGCGAUUACGACGUCAUGGUAGUGCUUAAGUUUCCCUAUUUCAAGGAUAUUUUCGUGCGGCCGGACCAACAUCGUCCUGGGAUGUAUCACUUGGACUUUAAAGACGUGCCCUAUAACAGCUUCACAGCGGACAACCUGCUGGAUAACCGCUGCUACCUAUGCCGGGAUAAGGUCCAAACUUUGAUGCAGGGCAUCCUUAUGAAUGCCCACGACCGCACGGUGCAGAGCUACCGCAAUUAUCGACUGCGGUAUCGUCGCGGACAAAAUUGCCACACCAUAACCGCUGAAUCAAGUGACCGUAGGUUCUCCAUCGACUUUGUGCCGGCAAUCAAGAUUCACUUCGAGGGAUUCGACUGGCAGGCUAUCCCGAAGGAGGCACCAGGACCAAAACGGUCAAGCAAAUGCACCUUUUUGAGGGUUCACGCUGGUUCUGAGAUAUUCUAUUUCAAAAAGGGCGGCAAGAAGAUCCGAGACGCCGUAAUGUUGCUGAAGGCUAUGUGCGAAGCCAAGAACCUGCCAAAGAUUCGCAAAUAUCACUUGGUUUCAUUGGCCAACGCUCUAAUAGAGGAGGACAAUUUCGAAGACUCUUCUUUGGAGUAUGUCUUUCUAGAUUUACUCCACGAUCUGCUCGAUGCCUUUGAGGACGAACACCUUCCGUACUACCUUAAUUGUGAUCUGAAUCUACUCACAGACUUCAACCCAAAUCAGCUCCUCGCUUAUAGGGAUGCUCUGGACAGUGCUUACUCCACACUUAAAACCUAUCCUGGUCAAUACAAUCUAUCUUACGAACGGUGCAGCUGGCACUUUUUUGGUGAUGAUGAUGAUUCGGAUUGAAAUUUGUCGAUGAACACUUUCUGUUUUUAUUUGGGACUAAAACUAUAAUGAAGUAAUUAAACAAACUGUUGU